CAGAGUCAUCAGUACAUUAUUCAGAUAAGCCUAGAUAACAAGGAUUUUAUAAACUACCCAAUUUUUAUCGAAAUGUUGCUAAAAUUCGUAUCCUUCGCUCUCUGCCUCUCUUUUUCCCUCGGUUUUGUCCAGGAAAUCAUGUUAUACACGGAACCCGACGCUGGAGGGAGUGGGCUGAUAUUCCGCACGAAAGAGCCGGAUCUCACGCAACACCAGUUUAUUUUGAGGGAUGUAAAAUCCUUUUGCUCGAGAGGAUAUUGGCGAGGGUUUUCUGGGGUAAAUUACUCCAUUGCGUGGUCAUUCAACCACCAUUCUAGGGAUGGGGAACUGCACUGUGAAAAUGCCGAACUUCCUGCCACGAUGUCAUUGCGGUAUUCAGGACCAGCGGACGCAUCCACGCCUUCCGUCUCAAUCUACAGUGGAACUCUGGGGACCAUUACGGGUAACGUGGAACGAACUUUUACCAGCAUAUCCGAGACCAAUUUUGGAUUUGUACCGACAUGGAUGGUCAUCACGGGGGGGUCAAGUUGGACUGGGUUUGCCAACGAGGACUUUACCGGAAACUCGACCUGCUUCACAAGUUCGUAUCUAUUGUGGGGUUUCGAUUUAAGGAAUAUAGAGGUAAGGUCGAUCGUUAAGGGGUGCGAUGCAAGGUAUGGGAGUGCUUAUUACGAUGAGGAUGCAUCGAUGGGAUUGUAAUUUGGUGAGGAUAGAAAUGGAAAAAUUAGUUUAAAUUAUGAAAUUACUAUUGUAAUAAAUAUAUUUGAAAGAAGAAAGGUUUAUUGUAAAUUUA